GGUUUCCAUAGCUAUCAAAUAUUGUGGGAUUAUCUCAGUUUUUUUAUACAGUUUUAUGGAUUAUCUUCAGGGGAAGUUAUUACCAUGGAUACAAAACAGUAGCUUUCGACAUCGCGUCAUAAGUCAUGGGAUAACCGUCCAACUAAUUGUGUUAUAUGGUUAUAUUACACUCUCAGCGGCGCUAUAUAAACUUAAGGAAGAGUCGCAGUAAAUGGGCGGAGGCGGAUCACCGGAGUUCAUAAUAACCCAACGCGGACUGACGCCUCGGUCCAGCAGCAGGCAGCAGAUGCGCCGUGCACAUGCUGCUUUAAGUCCGCUAAGAAGCCACUAGUCCAAUUAACCCAGCAGAGAGGAGGUGGAAAUCCACGCAUGUAGGCUAUUGAACUAACUUAACUCGACGAUAUGGAUAUGCGCGCCUCUCCGGCAUACGAUGAUGACGACCUGACACGACAGCCCGCCAUAACAACCAAAACAAGUUGAACCAGAAGCGACGCGGUAUCGCCAGUGAGAUGCGGGUGUAUUUUGUAUAGUCGCGAUUUUGAGCUCACACAUUAAGCCUUUAUAAGCUGCUGGAGAGUAUAUCUGGUGCAGGCCUGCCUGUCUGCGCUGUCAUCUGGCGACAGGACAGAGUUUCCUCCUCGGACUGUUUGUGUGUGAAGGUGGAUCGGUAACAUGGAAACGUACACCGAUGUGCUGCUUGUCACCGCGAAUGUCGGCUCGCUCUUCGACAACGUGGGGGAAAUUCAAAAUGAAUGGCUACAAGAACUAUAUAAGACUGUCCGCUGCCACCGGCCCAAGUUCAUCGCGCUGCAUCUGCAGGAAGUCGGAGGGAAGGACUACAUGCUCAACAUGGGCCACACUGAAAACUUCUUCAGGAGCAUCGAGUCCAGUGAGGAGAUGAAAGACUUUGACAGAGUCUGCGUCUAUGUGGACAACCAGUUCCAGGCAGAAGACAGCUUCACGGCUUUGGGGAGCAUGUACUUCAUCCACAAGUCACUGAAAAACAUCUAUCAGUAUGAUUUUAAUGUUAAGGAUUUUAAAGCAGUGUCGGGACAGAAGAAGCACAUGGGCUCUAUGGACGGGGUCACCACUGUGGAGAAAGAAAAGUUCCCAAAGAAUUUCUGGCCUGAUUUCAAGUGGUCCAGGAAGGGCUUCAUGAGGACCCGCUGGAUCAUACACAACCAAGGUCUGGACCUGGUUAAUGUCCACCUGUUCCACGAUGCCUCCAACCUCAUUGCCUGCAACUCCAGUCCUUCCAUUUACUCAGCCAACCGCAAAAACGCCCUCCGAUAUGUCAUCAACAGGAUAUCAGACAGCCGCUACACUCCUCUGCCUUUCCUCCUGUUUGGAGAUUUCAACUUCCGUCUGGACACACUUAGUCUGGUCCAGCAUCUGUCCACUUCAGCAGACGUGCAGACAGUGAAGAAGGACAGCAGUGACGAAGUGAAGAAGAUCAUCUGCGAAGAAAAAGACAACGACCACCAGGUGCUGCUCCACAUCGAGGAGAAGCUGUUUGCGUACCUGCACCAGGCGGUUUUCAGAGAGGACAACGGCCGAGCGCUUUUGAAGUUUGACAAAGAAGUCGCAGCCUUUCAUGAUGUCAUUAGGGAAGAGGAAAUCAGGUUUCCACCCAGCUAUCCCUACAGUGAAGACUACACUAAACCGAUCCAGUACAUGAACACUCGCUGUCCUGCCUGGUGCGAUCGUAUCCUCAUGUCACACAGCGCCCAGGAAUUCAUCCGCAGGGGAGAAGACGGAGAGAAGAGUGUCAUUUACAACACAGUUGGUCCUAAUGUCUGUAUGGGAGACCAUAAGCCGGUUUUCUUGUUCUUCUCACUGAAGACGAAUGGCCGUUGACUUGGAUCCUCUUAAUGGUCUUUGAUCCUCACAGCUCUGCCACCAGUCUCAGUACCAGAUUGUAAUCAGCAUGAUGUUUACCCGCCACACACACACACACACACACACACACACACACACACAGCCUCCCACCAGCCAGCA